AUAACUACACAACUUGUAUCAGUAAAGUCUAUGGCCGAAGCUCCGUGAUCGUCCAGAUCGUCCCCAAAGGCUCAGGUUCAGCAAAGUCGGUAACGUCAGUUGCGUAACUGCAAAAAUGCCGUUUUAUCAAUACAAUUCGUUUACUGGUAGAAUAAAACCAUCUGCCAAUUUUCAACCGCUCUAUCCUCUUUCUCCUGUGCCUUUACAGAGGACAGAACCACCAGUGAUGAUCUAUGAUACUAUCAAGACCAAACCAUUAACAGUUAUACCUAAGUCAGGAUAUUCUACUGACAAACCAGCCUCUCUUAAUCCAAAAAUGUUGCAAAAAUUCAAAUUUUUCCAGACUAGUAUAGACAAGCCUGUAUAUCUAGCAGGUGGCAAGAAAGACAAGAUAUUAUUUGGAUUCACAGUUGCAUACGUUGGUAUUUGUACACUACAAUCACUCGUGUUUGUUGCUAAAGAAUGCUUAAAUAUUAUUUGAAUAUAAUAUGAAUAUUGUAAGUGAAAAUUAUGUAGAUAAUAGAUGUAAUACUGCUCUGCUAUUACAAUUUUCUGUAUUAACAUUGUAAAUGGUAGUACUGCAAAAUAAUGAGAAUUGUAUUAAUAAA